CUGUAUUGCGAGUAGGGAGAUCAGCGCUGUUUGAGGUGAGGUGUUUCCCUAUGCUUCACCUUAGCUUGUACAGAUCUUCGGGGGAGAGGGCUGGUGGAAAUAUUAGUUAUUCUUAUUUUCCGACACACAAGAUUCUCGAAUUAACUAUGCAGCUGAUGAUUGUUGGUGUUUCCUUCACUUUAUGAAAUUAGUAAGUCCGGUACAACCAGAUAGGUAUUUGGUGUCCGUGCCUUCAGUACAUGGGUUGGGUCCCUGUGUUUUAUAGAACGGUUACAUAAUCCCAUCAGUGCUCGGGAAAUGUGUUGAUGCGAGCCGAGGAAAAUCGUGCAGUGGUUACAUUUGCUUGUCUGGAAGCACACACGCCCAGACUGACAUCAGACUAUGGCUACCUAUUCAGAAUCUGGGUUCCAAGAGGCUGAGUUGGUCCUGCAUUCAAGUAGUGCCAAUAUUCAGGAUCAGAGACAAGAUCGAGAAGUACAGCAACUGCAUGAUGAUGUGGAGAUGAAAAGUAAUGGCUCAAGUGGGACUGAUUCAAAUGUGAAUGAAUUUUCAGAAAGCUCGAGCAGUAGCGCCAGUCAAAAUGGAAAAGAUUCAGCUCUACUUUUGGAUUCAUUAGAGAGCAGCAAAAGUACUAAUACAAAGAAAAGAAAACGAAGAUUUGCUGAAGUAUAUAUCCGAAAUAAGAGGCUUCCUUUCAUGCCUCUGUCAUUUGAAAAAUUUAAUCCUACUGACAGUUCCAACUCCCAGAGCCUAUCCCUUCGCAGCAGCUCAAAUGGAUUCAGUCUCAUUAGUGCUAGCUCAGAACAAGACAAUCCUUCAACAAGUGGUUGCAGUAGUGAUCAAUCCGCUAAAGCAAAGACACAGAAAGAGUUGAUAAAAGCACUAAGUGUCUUAAAAAGACACCUUCCGUCUGAUAAGAUGACUAAAGGAAAAUCCAGGACACUUUCUACGCUGAAGUAUGCUCUACGAUGUGUAAAGCAAGUCCGAGCUAAUGAAGAAUACUACAAGUUUCUAAUGAAUGAUGACUCUGAACCAAGUAGCUUGAGUAUAAACUCCUUCACCAUUGAUGAGGUUGAGAACAUUACAAGUGAAUAUACUUUGAAAAAUACAGAUAUCUUUGCUGUAACUGUUUCUCUGAUCACGGGACAGAUCGUAUACAUCUCUGACCAAGCCUCUUCAAUUCUGAAUUGCAAUAAAGAUGUCUUCAAAAAUGUUAAGUUCACAGAGCUCCUUGCUCCACAAGAUGUUGGAGUUUUCUACAGCUUUACAAAACCAUCUCAACUGCCUCUGUGGAGUGUGUGCACAGCUGCUGAUUCAUCACCACAAGACUGCAUGCAAGAGAAGUCUUUCUUCUGCCGUAUUAGUGGAGAUCGACAGCGAGAUCACAGCAUCCAUUACUAUCCCUUUCGUAUGACGACUUAUCUCACAAAGGUGCGGGUAUCUGAAGAUGAUGAUGACCAACUCUGCUGUCUAUUACUUGCUGAAAGAGUGCACUCAGGCUAUGAAGCACCAAGAAUUCCUCACGACAAGAGAGUUUUUACCACGACACACACACCCAGCUGCGUUUUCCAGGAUGUUGAUGAGAGGGCUGUUCCUUUGCUGGGUUACUUGCCUCAGGACCUCAUUGGAAUGCCUGUGCUGAUGCAUCUGCAUCCAGAUGAUCAACAUUUGAUGCUAGGCAUUCAUAAGAAAAUAUUGAAACACGCUGGGCAACCAUUUGAACAUUCACCUGUCCGAUUCUGCUCUCAGAAUGGGGAAUAUAUCACAAUUGAUACCAGUUGGUCAAGUUUUGUUAAUCCAUGGAGCAGAAAAGUGUCCUUCAUUAUUGGAAGGCACAAAGUCAGAACGGGACCUUUGAAUGAAGAUGUAUUUGCUAGUCCAGGAAUUACUGAAGCAAAGACUGUCAAUCCUGAAAUACAGACUAUCACUGAGCAAAUUCGUCAGCUGUUGCUACAGCCAGUUUACAAUAAUGGUUCCAGUGGGUACGGAAGUUUGGGAAGUAAUGGAUCCCACGCACAGUUCGUGAGUGUAGCCUCUUCCAGCGAUAGCAGUGGUAACGUCAAGGAUGAGAGCCACUGGAACAGACCUAUGACAUUUCAGAAGAUUUGUAAGGAUGUGCAUUUGGUCAAAAACCAAGGACAGGCAAUGUUCAUUGAGAACAGAGGAAAGAGUGAAUCAAAACGCAGACACAAAAGCGUAACACAACAUAAAGAAACUAGUGGCCAGAACAAAGACUUUAAAGCCAGUUCAUCCAGGGUUGCUGCACCCAACAGUGCCAUAAAAAACAUGCUGUUGGAUGAUUCAAGAUGCAAGGAACAGCCAGUAUAUUGUUAUCAGCAAAUCAACUGUUUGGACAGUGUGAUAAGGUAUUUGGACAGCUACAAUAUUCCAAGCACUGUGAAAAGGAAAUGUGAAUCUUCUUCAGCGUCUGAUGAUGAUAAAGAAAAAAAUCAUAACACACAAGUUUCUAAAGAGGCGGCACCAUUACCACAUCAGUCUGUUCGAGUUCCUUUUAAAGUUGCAAAGGAGGUGUCCACCGGAGCAGUUGUUGGCACUCCCUUAACGCCACUUUCCUUACCAAGAAAGGCAGCAAGUGUCACCAGUCAGUGCAGUUACAGCAGCACUAUUGUCCAUGUUGGAGACAAGAAACUACAAGCAGACGCAGAAAUCUUGUUGGAGGACGGGCUUGGUACUACUGACUCCACAGAAAACAUGGCAUCUACUACACUGGUCACCACCACACCUUCUGUGACCCAGGAAAAGGAACCAUACAAGAAACUUGGCCUCACCAAAGAAGUUUUAGCUGCCCACACACAAAAGGAAGAGCAGAUAUUUUUGAGCAAGUUCAAGGAGCUGAGUAAACUGAAAACAUUUGAACCUUCCUGCAAAUCAUACUUAGAAGAUCAGAACAAAGGAUGUUCAGGAGAUUGUGGUUCUCAAGGAUUCAAACCUGGAUGGAAUCCUGCUGAGCCUGUGUACAAAAAAGGCGGAAAGAAUAAAAAGCUGAAAUCAAAACGCAUCAAGCAGCAGGAAUUGUCUGACAGUUCUCCCUCUCGCACCAACCAGCAUACACCGCCUUCCUGGUCCCCGUCGACUGUCUCUCAGAGUAGAUAUUCAGCUAUACCGUUUACAACAGUUAUGCCACCCUAUCAACUGCCAGUGUUUUCUGCCCAUGGAGGUAUGCCUCCUACUGCUGAGCCCUCUCUGUCCAACUUUGAAAAUGCCCAGGCUGUUCACUGCACCACACAGCCUCCGCCGUACUCUGUCCCAUUGGUAACCCCUAUGGUAGCAUUUGUGCUCCCUAAUUACAUGCUGCCUGGGAUGAACGAUGCUGCACACGAGCCUUACUUCGCGAGCCAAGCUGCAUUCCCUUCACAAUCGACCUUUUUACCACAGACGACGUUUUCUGCAGAGACUUCAUUCCAGUCUCAGCCACAGUUUGCAUCACAACAUUAUGAUCCACCAGCAGAAGGUGAGAAGGCAGCUGCACUAGAAUCUCGAGGUGCACCGUCAUGUUGCUGUACUCCACAAUCAGUAGGCCCUCAAGGCCACACCUCCCCUCCAUUAUUCCAGUCCAGGUGCAGCUCACCUUUACAACUGAAUCUGCUGCAGCUGGAAGAAAUGCCCAAAUCAUCAGAAGGAAUUGCAGUUGUUGGAAUUGUAGGUGGAAGUGGAUCAGUUGUUGAUGGAGGAGGUAUGAGCAAUACCCCCAAUAUCACGAAUGUGGACGUGGCAAAGGAUGAAACAGAACUGGCUGUAUCACCCGAUGAACCCCAGAACAGCGAUGCUCACUCCACCUCCACUGACCUGUUGGAUCUGUUACUUCAAGAUUCACUGUCAGGCACAGGAUCUGGAGGCUCGGGGAGUGCCAGAUCAACAGCCUCAGGCUCUUCAGGCUCCCCGUCUAAUGGGUGUGGAAUGUCAGGAACUGACACAGGAAGCAGUCAUCUAAGCAACACCAGCAAAUAUUUUGGAAGCAUUGACUCCUCGGAGAAUGACCACAAGUCAAAACUGGGAAACUCCAAGAAGAUUGACCAUUUCACUAAUUGUGUACUCCAAGACCCAGCCUGGAUGUCAAUGGCAAAUACAGAUGAAACAACAAUGAUGACCUAUCAACUUCCAUCUAGGGACAUUGAAACCGUUCUAAAAGAAGACCGAGAAAAGCUGAAAAUGAUGCAGAGAAAUCAACCAAAAUUCACAGAGGAUCAAAAAAAAGAACUCUACGAGGUUUUUCCCUGGUUUAGGACAAGUAUACUGCCAAAGACCAUUGAUAUCCCAGAUUUGGCUUGCUGGGAGAAAAAUGUAUCGCAAAACAACUCGACGAUAUUCAAUGUGGAAAUCCUUAACAUAGAAUUGAAUGGGUUGAUAGACCCAAACCACAAUGCUGGCUAUCCACCCUUGAACUUGCCAACUGAAGAGCAAAAUCAUGCAGAAAUAACAACCUCUAAUCUGGAAGUAGCAACAACCACGUUUGAAAACUCUGCAAGUUGAAAGUGUUUUGACUUUGUAAAUAAACUUCUACUAAAUAGAUUUGAAUGCACGGAGCUUCUUUUCGGAAUUUUCAAGAAACUGCAUCUUGCCUUCAAUGAAAUGUUCAAGUUUAAGAAAAGUGAAAUAUUUUAUGGAACUUUUUUUUAAGUGGGUGUAUUUAAUACAUAAAUUGUGUUGCUUCAAGCUGAUUUCUAAAUGUCUCUGCAAUUUUUAACAUGUAUUCAUGGAGUCUGGAUUAAUUGUACUUGACAGACCUUUGUGUUGUUGAUGUGACACUUGGAUUUCUGAAUGUUUCCAGUUCUUUGCUGUUCCAAUCAUAAAUCUGACUUGAUAGUCCAUUGUAGAUUAUGUAUUAAAUUCAUCAUGGAUAAAUAUCUUUGUGGAAUUUUGUAACACCUUUUACAAACAUGCUAUAUACCUAUACAUUUUGUAGUGGUUUGCAAGGAGCUUUGUUCCAUGAAUUCAAAUAUUUUAACAAUAUUCCAGUGAUUGGCAACACACCGCGAAGGCUAGUAAUUUGGUGAUGACCUAUAAGAGUAAUUGUGGUUUCUGUCAGUGUUCAAGCAGAUUUGUGUACUUGGAUGUUCAACUAUAGCCUUAAAUGGAGCCAUCCUAAUUUCUGAAUGUUGAUUGGAAUACGCCGUAAGGUGAUGUUUUUGAAUUGAACCUCAGUGAAAUAGACUGUCAAAGUAUACAACAGCACUUAUUUGGAGAAGUGAGACUAAACAGCAUAUUCUGACUCUAGACCAAAGAAAUAAACAACAUGUUCAAGAAAGGCUUAAGUAAACCAAAUUGACAUGUGUGGGUGACUUGUCCAGUCUUUGAAAUCACAUAACAAAGGGACAGUCCAGUGCCUCAUUAAACUCUCUCCUCUGUAUUGUGUUGUAGCUGUUGUGAAAGACCCACAAUUUUCUUUAGAUUAUGUGUUUGAGAAUAUGUGAUGUAGGACUUAGUCUGCAGUGUUACAUCAGAAAACAGACAAUUAAUUUAUAAGCAUUUUAAUAUUUUUUAAGAAGCCCUGUUUUCAUAAAACGUCCUAAUUGCCAGCCUUCCUUUUGUAAAUUUUAACUUUAUGCACAAGUUAUCCACAGAUGCUAGGUAUUUUAAAGGUUCUGUCAAAUAAUGUUUAGUAUGAUCUGAAGUGUGAUAAUUUUAUGAUAAUGUUGUACUUUUUGCCUUAUUUGACAUUCAGUAGUGAAUUAGGAAAUUGGUUACAAGUUUAUACACCCCUUACUGGGGUUUCCAGGCAGGAAUGCUGAUAUAAGGAAGAAUUCUGGGUAGUCACUGAUCUGUAGGAUUUCUGUUGUCAAAUAAAGCUGAAAGAUUUACCAUUGUGUGGGCAUUAUCUCUUGGCCACAUACCCAAGACACAGCAAUGUGAAUUACGUGUUAGCACUACUUUAUUACUUGCUAUAAUCCUUGUGGCCAGAUUACUGACUUCACCUUUCUCCCCUGACUUCCAUGUGAACAUUUUUCAUUUGAGAGAAUUUCCCCAGCAUUCUCAAGUUAGGAAUUCCUCUGCAAUUUUUAGUGACCCCAGGACAAAUGAUGGUGGGCCUGUGAUGCAGGAGAUAAGAAUGAGUUAGAUUCUGCAGAGUCAUGUUUAGAGGCAUGGGCCAAGCAGGGCUCCCCAGUCACAUUAAUUGUUUCAUGAAAUAAAUCUUUGCUCUGGUUCCACACUUUGUACUGUGUGAACUCGCCCAACUAAGUUAAAGAAAGUGUGUAUUUUUUUCCUGUUUCCUUUCUCUUUUUGUCUAAUAGUAAAGGAGAGAGAUAAUAACAUAUUGUGAAGAGCAUGUUGUACAGCAAGUCUAAGAUUUGGGAGUAAUCUAGAACACACGUCAUUCUUAUUUUCUACCUACGGAAUAUUUUGAUUUUGAGACUUAAUAGCUGCAUAAUAUGCCACUGUCUGAACUAGCAGCUUUUCCUCCAGAAUAUCAUUGAUUUUGUUCCUUAUGUCACAUAUUGCUCAAUAAUUGAAAUGAUUGAAGCAUCUUUUCCAGACUGAAGGCUGUUACCCAUCUUUACAAAUUUUAAUCAAUAAAGAAUCUGCAGUUUG